AUGAGGCUUUCGACUCUUUUCCUUUCAUCAUCUUUGGCAACGGCCCUGGCCUGGCCAUCUGUUUGGCCGUAUGAGAAACGUGCCACAGCACUACCCUCGAACUGGAAACCCGGUGUCAAGUGGCAGAUCGUGAUUCACGCGCCCAUCGAUAUCAGAACGACUGUGAUCCCUACUGAGGCCCAAGUCUGGGAUAUCGACUAUUUCCAUGCUUUGGAUCACCCCGAAAUAAUCCCUGCGCUGAAAUCGCCCGCACCCGAUGUUGACAAUGUAGUGUUGUGCUAUAUCAAUGUCGGCGCCAUUGAGCAGUACGAGAGGGAUUACACCGAUUUCCCCCAAGCCGCUAUCGGCAAAUCGUACGAAGAUUAUCCAGAAUGGUGGAUCGAUGUUCGUCGUCCUGACGUUCUUGAAUUUAUGAAGAAGCGGUUGGUUAAGGCAGCCGAGGCUGGAUGUGACGGGGUUGACGCAGACAAUAUCGAUGGCUACGAUUGGGACGAACCAGGGGUCGACAAGACUGGAUGGAAUCUAACUAGACAUGACCUCAUCACCUACGUGACCGAACUUGCCGAUUAUGCGCACAGCAUCGACACCCUUCGCGGCGUCCCCCUCAUGUUCGGCCAGAAGAAUGCCAACCACCUCGCCUCUCACCUCGUGAAUAUCGUCGAUUUCGCUGUUUUGGAGGACUGCCAAGGGCUAAAUGGGCGGCUACCCGGCGUCCACGAGGCCUACUGCCAGGACUUCCAGGCCUUCGUUACCGGCGAGAACCGCACUGAUGGAAAGAAGAUCCCCGUUUUUGAGAUUGAGUACCCAGAGUCCACCGAGAAUGGAGGCACAAACCUGACGAGACGUGAUUGGGAAUACUACUGCAACAGGGACAAGGUCGAGGUUGGCAACGUGGAUUUCAGCCAGGUUAUCAAGCACGAGUCGGAUCGGAUUGAUGGAUGGGUGCAGUAUUGUCGCGAGAAUGAGGAGGAGGGCAAGUUUUGGACGGCUACUUUACCGAUUGGAUGA